GCGGAGCAAUUCGUGGGGCGCUGCUGUUGACUGUCUCUUGAGCCUACACUUCGUACAGACACUUCGCCAUACAUGUUCCCGGCCGACGCCCCCCUCCUCCAACCCCCACCCCCACCCGCAUGGUUGAACACACGUGACUCGGGAAGGAGGUGGAAGAGGUUUGAGCACUUAGUCCGGUUCAGUCUGUUUGACACACGUGUGUCAGCAACGGUAUUUCUUCUUGACGGUGUGCUGCUGCUGUUUUGUAAGAGAUGCUGCAUUUACCAAUCCUCCUUCGUCGUCUGAGACCAGUAUCUCCAGCCCUUGCACCUAAUCUGAGACGAGCCUAUGCAAAAGAUGUUAAGUUUGGUGCUGAAGCCAGGGCACUUAUGCUUCAAGGGGUUGACCUUUUGGCAGAUGCAGUGGCAGUAACAAUGGGACCAAAGGGAAGAACAGUUAUAAUUGAACAAAGCUGGGGAAGUCCUAAAGUAACUAAAGAUGGUGUCACUGUUGCAAAAGCAAUUGAUCUGAAAGACAAAUACAAGAAUAUUGGUGCAAAGCUUGUUCAAGAUGUGGCUAACAACACAAACGAGGAAGCGGGAGAUGGUACAACUACAGCAACUGUCCUUGCUAGAGCCAUUGCUAAAGAAGGCUUUGAGAAAAUUAGUAAAGGCGCAAAUCCAGUGGAAAUCAGAAGGGGUGUUAUGUUGGCAGUUGAUGCGGUUAUUGCAGAGUUGAAAAAGCAGUCCAAACCUGUUACAACGCCAGAAGAGAUUGCUCAGGUUGCUACAAUAUCUGCAAAUGGAGAUCAAGAAAUUGGCAACAUAAUUUCGGAUGCUAUGAAAAAAGUUGGUCGGAAAGGGGUUAUUACUGUUAAGGAUGGAAAAACUCUUCAUGAUGAGCUGGAGAUAAUUGAAGGGUUGAAAUUUGAUAGAGGCUACAUUUCUCCAUACUUUAUAAACACUACUAAAGGUCAGAAGUGUGAAUUCCAGGAUGCCUAUCUUUUACUCAGUGAAAAGAAAAUCUCAAGUGUUCAGUCUAUAGUACCAGCACUUGAAAUUGCUAAUGCUCAUCGAAAACCCUUGGUUAUAAUAGCUGAAGAUGUGGAUGGGGAAGCUUUGAGUACUCUUGUUUUAAACAGGCUAAAAGUUGGUCUUCAAGUGGUUGCUGUAAAAGCUCCUGGUUUUGGUGAUAACAGAAAGAAUCAGCUGAAGGAUAUGGCCAUUGCUUCUGGCGGUGCAGUUUUUGGGGAAGAGGGUCUAAGCCUGAAUAUAGAAGACAUUCAAGCCCAUGACUUUGGAAAGGUUGGAGAAGUUAUUGUAACUAAAGAUGACACUAUGAUAUUGAAAGGAAAAGGAGAUAAAGCACAGAUAGAGAAACGAAUUCAAGAAAUCCAUGAGCAGCUUGAGUCUACAAAUAGUGAAUAUGAAAAAGAGAAACUAAAUGAAAGAUUGGCUAAGCUUUCUGAUGGCGUUGCUGUUAUUAAGGUUGGUGGAACCAGUGAUGUUGAAGUGAAUGAAAAGAAGGACAGAGUAACUGAUGCUUUAAAUGCUACUCGUGCUGCUGUGGAGGAAGGCAUUGUGUUGGGAGGUGGUUGUGCGUUGUUACGUUGCAUCCCAGCUCUUGACUCGUUGACGCCUUUAAAUGAAGAUCAGAAAAUUGGAACUGAAAUUGUUAGAAGAACACUUAAGAUUCCUGCUAUGACAAUAGCAAAGAAUGCUGGUGUUGAAGGAUCACUAAUUGUUGAGAAAAUUCUUCAGAGCCCUACUGAUAUUGGAUAUGAUGCUAUGCUCGGCGAAUUUGUCAAUAUGGUAGAAAAAGGAAUCAUAGACCCCACAAAGGUGGUAAGAACGGCGUUAAUGGAUGCAGCAGGUGUAGCUUCACUUCUGGCAACAGCAGAAGCCGUAGUGACUGAAAUUCCAAAGGAAGAGAAGGAACCGGGCAUGGGGGGCAUGGGUGGAAUGGGUGGAAUGGGUGGAGGAAUGUUCUAGUGAACAUCUGGACAAAGAACGAUCUGCCAUUCUCAUUGUGAUUGUGCACCACAGACCAUCAAAAGUCCUGGGGUCUAUGCGAUCAGUGCUUUGUGGGAUGUCUGAGAUUAUGUAAUUGUUCACUGGUGUCGUCAUUCAUGCCUUUUUACAUAAUUUAUUUUGUACUUAAUGAGAUACCUCUGUACAUUCCUUAGAAUUUGGUGCCUGUGCUGCUGUUGGCAUUUGACAAUAUUGUUGGAAAGUAUUUUUUUUUACUGAAGUUUCAGCAAUGAUACCUUAAUUUGGCUAUGAAUAUGGAUAAUUGUUCAAUGUUAGACUUAGCAUGUAUGUUGUUUUGCUGUUGAAAUAAAAAUACUUCUCUGACAAGCUAUAAUGUAACCCCAUGAAAGUUUAACACCAUAAGAUAUAAUGUAUUGUUUGAAUUUGUAAUCUUUCAAAAUAAAACAUUUUGGUAUGUAUUUCUGUUUUAAAA